UCUCUCCCUCUCUCAAAUAAAUAAUAUCUUUUUAAAAAAAAAAGAAAAACAGGAGAGAGGGGUAAUAUUUAUUGCAUACCUAAAUUUAUGGACCGGGACUAAUAACAAGCAAGAAACAUGCCUUUCAAUCUGCCAAAGAGCUUGGGCACACAGUUACAUGGGAAAUCACAUGCUUAAAAUGAAGCUUUUGAGUUUCUUCACACAAUCAGAGAAUAGGAUCUCCUUCAUGGAGCAGCGUAUACGAACAAGCAUUCUAGGAAGACUGAGGGAGGAUGGAAGAGCAUUGGGGUGCUCUAAAGAACUUGCCUGCAUACACUGGCCAGUGUUUUUGGAGAGCAGUUGGGCCGUAUCCACUAAACAGGGGCAUCUUCUGUGAUUCCGCAACCCAGACAGCACGAGAGCUCAAAAAUACAUGUACAAGAUGUUCUCAGAUCGGUUUCCUCCUCUCUAGCCUUCCUCACAUGGCUCAAGCCAGCAUCUCUCACCUGGCCCACUGUGGACAGCCUCCUCUCUGAUUUUCCUGGGUCCAGACUUGCCUCUCCAUGGAAAAGAUUGUUGAGAAUACAAACCUAAUCCUAUCACCUUCCUGUUCAAAACUCUACAGGACUCUUCUCCACUGCCCUCUGUAAAUAGGCCGAUGUUCUGAGCUUGCCACACAAGGCCCUGUGACCUGGCUUCUUUUUUCUUUUUUUAGACUUAUUUACUUAUUUGAGAGAGAGAUUGGGAGAAGCAGACCCCCCGCAGAGCGGGGAGCCCGGGGUGGGACUUGAUCCCAUAACCCUGGGAUCAUGACCUGGGCCGAAGGCAGAUGCUUAACCGACUGAGCCACCCAGGUGCCCCUGUGUCGUGGCUUCUUAACAGUGACCCAGUUUUGCAAGCAUGCUGCAAGGUUUGUUCACCAAACGAGUCUGCAGGCUCCUGUCUGUGUCUCUGGGCGCACUGUUCCCAUCUGUUAUGCCCGAGCUCAGUUGCCUUCUUACCCAUCAGGGGGCUCUUCCUGCCAGAAGCUGGCCUUCAAGGCCCAGCUUGGGAGUGGUUGUUUCUCCUUGGGGCUCCCAGAGUACAGCGUCUACCAGGAUGGAAUAGAAGUUAGCAUACUGGAUUGCAAUUUUAAAGACACUUCCGUCUCCACCUCUACGCUGAUGAGUUCUUUGAAGGUACCGGUUAUGCUGUUAUGUCUGUGGUUCUGCCAUUUUAGAAGAUUCUCAAAAGUUCUCUGCAAGGAUAUGGUCUCAGGCAUGCAGGCCUCCUCAUUUUCCUAGACCACCCCCUUCUGGUCCCAGACAAUUCAGGCUGAACUUGCUCGAGCUAGACUUUUCUUCAACACGUAAGGGAUGGUGUGGGGGUGGGGGGGCAGUAAAUCCUACUUUCAACACAGUGUCUGGACUGCACGCCUUCAUCUGUCACUUCCUGUGUGAUCAUGGGCAAAUCACAGUCUUCGAGCUUCUGUUUCUCCCCAGGAAAGCGAGCAUAAUAAUGCUAGCUACCCUCAGAGACUGUCGUGAAGGCGCUGAGCAAUGAAGUGAAAGUGCUCUGCAAUUGUCAUGUGCUACACGCCGAUAACCUCCAAAGAACCGCUUUUGUUAAAAGUGGCCCAGGGGAAAAAAAAAAAAGAAAGCUAUAAAAAAAUGAAGUCCCAAGUUUAGGAACCUGGUUCAUACAGAUGAAAUCUUUCUUUUUCUUUUUAAUUUUAUUUACUUUUUAUUUAUUUAUUUAUUUAUUUAUUUAUUUAUUUAUUUAAGAGAGAGAGAGAAAGCACAAGAGGGGGCAGGGGGGAGGAGCAGAGAGAGAGAGAGAGAGAGAAGCAGACUUCCCCGCUGAGCAAGGAGCCCGACGUGGGACUCAAUCCCAGGACCCCGAGAUCAUGAGCUUAACCGACUGAGCCACCCAGGCGCCCCCAGGCGAAACCUUCCUAUUCCUUUUCCAUUGUCUGGACUAACUUUGUGCUUAACUCUGCCUUCACCUGCCCUCACAUGUGGGACAUCGUCCUCCCUCCAUGCCAUCUGUUUUACUCCAAUUCCCGGUUGGUGACAGAAGAGCACUGGGUCCCUUUCAUGACGGCAAGUCAUAGAGUCACUGAUCUGGGUUCAAGUCCCAACCCCGCCACUUCUUUGCUGCAGGACUCUGGACCGGCCGCCUCACCUCUUCAGGCCCGAGUUUUGUCACCUUCUGCGUCCUAGAUUUUAUGUAUUUAUUUGAGAGAGAGAGCGAGCGAGAGAGAGCGCAUGAGCUGAGGGAGAGGCAGAUGGAGAAGGAGAGGCAGACUCUCCGCUGAGCAGGGAGCCCGAUGCGGAGCUUGAUCCCAGGACCCCGAGAUCAUGACCUGAGCAGAAGGCAGACACUUAACCAACUGAGCCACCCAGGCACCCCCUCAUUGAACUUUCUGAAGGCCCUAUCUCCAAAUACAGUCACAAUGAGGGUUAGGGCUUCAACACAGGAAUUUUUGAGGCAACAUGAUUCAGUCCAUAACAGGACCCCUUUGAGAACCUGAUGAAAAGCUCUGUGUACCCUCUCCGGAGCCUGCCUACAUCACCUCCCACAACGUUGCACACCAUUUCAGGAAGUUGAUGGACCCCAGAUUGAGAACUGCUGUUCCAGGCCAACUUCCUCUUUCCACAGAUGGAGAAACAGUGGUUCAGAAAAGGGAAGUGAUUUUCCACAGAUUUGGAGAGAGCCAAGUCUCAUGAUUCCUCAUCUAGUGCUUGCCCAAGUUUACUCUGCCUUCUUCUAAGUCUGUUGGAUCAACCAUCCAGGGUGAUGCCAGCGCACCACAGGUCCUCUGGACAGUAGCUUGGAAGGAAAGCCUGGACCCAAGAGUGAAGUGCUCGGUUUAAAUGCUGUCCCGCCGAAGAAGCCCAUAGGGUACAAAAUCAGUAACAAAAGGUGCAGCCACUUCUUCACCUGGGAUGCUCACAUGGGUUAACAAGGCUCUAGCUAUAAUCGACAGCAAGGGGGAUGGAUUUCAGUGCCUUAAACUAGUCAGGACAUUGUGAGGGAGCUGCGCCAACUUCAACAUCCAUCCACAAGAGACCUGAGGGUGAGGAGAUGGAGGGGCUCCCGUCUUGCUGAAGGACAAAGUGGAGACUGAAGAGGCACAGCCUUGAACUAUCUGGUGGCCAUGACGCGGCAUUGUCCCGCUAGCUCUGAUUCCUCACCUGCACACUGCCCAGGAGUUGGGCUGUUUGAUUUCUCCAAGAGUUCUUCUAGCUCUCAUAUUCUGUACUUCUGUGAUACUGGGGCAGGAAGCAUGGGGAAAAAUGAGUUGAGGCAUUUGGGUCCUAGAAUUAUGGGCAAAAUAAUUUUUUUUUUCAAAAUGUCUUCUAAUGGUAUCAUAGAAUUAGAAUAAAGAAAAUGUUGUUUGGGGGCGCUUGGAUGGCACAGUUCGUUAAGCAUCUGACUCUUGAUUUCAGCUCAGGUCCUGAUCUCAGGGUCGGGAGAUCGAGCCACCUGUCGGGCUCUAUGCUUAGUGGAGAGUCUGCUUAAGACUCUCUCUCCCUCUGCCCCUCGCCCCCUCUCUAAAAUACAUAAAUCUUUAAAAAGAAAAUGUCGUUUAAAGAGAUGAAAACGCCCUAAGGAGAAUCUGAAAAGACCCUUUAAAUACUUAGUCACUUAAGGUAAAGUUUUGACAUAAAUGUUUCCUUUAUUUCUGCUUCAGGCCCAUCCUUAAGUAAGAGAGGUGAAUUAGUGUAGCUGGACUUCUAAGUAAAGGUGUCAAGAGAAUGGAGAAGUAUUUAGAAUGGGAAAUUCUAUUUAUCUUUAGGCAGAGGUGGUGGCCCAGAGAAUCAUUUCGUUUCAUUUCAUCGGUCAAUGAAAUAAAUAACCAUGACAUUCUUCCUACUGACGCUCUCAAUGCCAUAAGGCAGUGUGGAGCCUAAACUUGGGCCACUUUGGGGGGACACAAGACUAGAAACAAAAGCAGGGGAAGCUCAUGGGGUGAGGUCUAACUUUUCAGGAAAAUUCUUCUAGCUUUGCUCCCUAUCAACAAUAAGGCCCUGAAGGGCUGCACACACCCACUUGCUGUUUCUUCUGCCUGUCAGUGCCCCACGCCCAGUCGUCUAACACAUCAGUUUCUGUCUAGGGAGAAGAAAGAGGAAGAAAAGAGCUGCUGAUGCUGGGGAGCAGGGGUGAAGGCUGGUGUUAAGAGGGAAGUGUCAAACAGGCAAGGGAGAUGCAGUGCACCAAAACCACCACCACCACCACCACCACCACCACCACCAUCACCACCACCAUCACCACCACCAUCACCACCACCAUCAUCACCACCACCACCAUCACCACCACCACCAUCACCACCACCAUCAUCACCACCACCACCAUCACCACCACCACCACCACCAUCACCACCACCACUACCACCACCACCAUCACCAUCAUCACCACCACCAUCACCACCACCAUCACCACCACCACCAUCACCACCACCAUCAUCACCACCACCAUCACCACCACCACCAUCACCACCACCACCACCACCACCAUCAUCACCACCAUCACCACCAUCAUCACCACCACCAUCACCACCACCACCACCACCAUCACCACCACCACCACCACCAUCACCACCACCACCACCAUCACCACCACCACCACCACCACCAUCACCACCACCACCACCACCACCACCAUCAUCACCACCAUCAUCACCAUCACCACCACCAUCAUCACCAUCAUCAUCACCACCACCAUCCCCACCCCCAUCAUCACGCCCAGUCGUCUAACACAUCAGUUUCUGUCUAGGGAGAAGAAAGAGGAAGAAAAGAGCUGCUGA